UUGUGGCUCAACAUGAAGCUGUAUAAAUUAGGAAGACUCGGGGAGUAUAUUAUACUAGCAAGCAAAAUGAAGUGAAUGGAGAGAGACCUUGAAUUGCGAGCCACAGUUGUGAACCAAUUAAAUCUGCCCCAUAAGCCACCUAUGACUUGGCCGACACCAUGUUCCCAUAUCUCCGACUUUGCCUUGUCCUCAUCAAGCAAUCCUCCUUUUCUCAUGGCUACUUAUACCCCUUUUUCUAAUCCAAGUGCACUCAAAUACACGCCAGUGUUAACAAUCAUCCCUUCUACCCCAUUGCAGUGUGCUGAUCAUCUUGAAUAUUUAAUCCAGAAAAAUCCAACCCCACGUUUACAGCCCCUUUACCCGUUGGCUGAUGAUCUACACCUUUCCAUGCAAAUCCCUCGGUUCUCGAAGAUGACCAUGUUCACUCCCCCACUUCAAAAGCUACUCAACACCUUCUUCGUAUAAAUACAGGGAUUCCACUUACUCUCCUCUUCAGGGUCUAGCUCCAAUUCGUGGGCUUUUUUUCCCCUUGGCAUUCCUUCCUUUUUUUUUUUUUUCUUUUCUUUUGUCCUUUCAGUUUUUCCCUGUGAUUCGCUUGCAAGAAAGCUGACAAUCAUCUGAUUCGUUAGCCACCAACACUCAUCAUCAGCAAUGGCCGAGCUCAAGCAACAGCACAGAAGUGGAGUACUCUACACUUGUUCAAAGAGAAAGAACAGUGGUGGCUUCACAAGAAAGUGCGCUUCUUUGGUUAAAGAACAAAGAGCGCGAAUUUACAUCUUACGUCGCUGUGCCACCAUGCUCCUCUGCUGGUAUAUCCAGGGAGAUGAUUGAGCUACCAAAACCAUCCUCAUCCUCCGUAUAAAAUAUAUAAAGAUACCAUGCACCACCAACCUCUUCUGCCUUAUUCUCUUUACUUUCUUCUUUAGCUUUUGUCUUGUUUUCGAACCAAGCACGAGCAGCAGUGUGUUUCUGAUAGGCGUCAAUUGCCUGUCGGUAAAGAUUUGUUCUACAAACGUGUGGAAGCAAAAUUUAUAUGUCCUCCCGGCCGCCCCCGGCCACUUUGUUUCCCUGUUGUUGGCUUUGUCCAUAGGGUGCUGCUGGUCUGGCUUGUUUGUUGUCAUCAGCCCUCUUCUUCAUGUGUGUCAUCCUGUAUUUUUUUGUAAACCUAAAUGGUGAUAGUCCAUUGUUAGGUUUUUUGGGCACAUGAGAGAUCAAGGCUGGUGCUUUUUGACAGCCCGGACAUGAUCAGGACACGGACAAGGCCAACAUAUGGGGAUCCCUGCCAAGUUCGGAUGGAUGGAUGGAAGCUUGCAAGGUCUGCCAUUACUUAUUUAUGUGUUUCAGUAAUCUAUGUAUGUAACUCCCCUCUGUUCAAGCGGUAUUGUUUUAGUGUUAUGGCCGAUGCAGACACCAUCAAAUAUAUAUAUAUAUAUAUAUAUAUAUGGUAGCAUGA